UAAAAGCAGUAGCUGUACACAAACACUCAUCACUGGUAACCUACAGUAAAAGAAUUGUUCAGUAUUAGUUCUAUACAGCAAACCAAGACAAGAUGGAUUCCUGUUCUUAUUUUAAGCUGAUAGGAUGCUUCAUUCUUAUUAGCAUUGCUAUUGUUCCAACACAAGGUUGUUUUCCUCUUGACUGUCAGGAAGCAUACAAAAAUGGUACAGUAUGCAGUGGAGUAUAUACUGUGAAACCUGAUAAUCUACCAGCUUUUGACGUCUAUUGUGAUAUGAGUAAUGGAGGUGGAUGGACUGUAUUUCAAAGGAGAAUGAAUGAUAAAACUGACUUCUACCUCAACUGGGAUGACUAUCAGUAUGGAUUUGGAGACCUCGAUAAAGAGUUCUGGCUGGGACUUUAUUACAUAAACCGACUUACUGACUUGGAAGAUUUUGAUGGGAAUAAGAAGUAUGCUACUUAUUCUACUUUUAAAGUAGGGAAUGCAGACACAGAGUACAAGCUGACUGUGUCUGGAUAUGCAGGCAAUGCUGGAGAUAGUCUGAGCUAUCAUAAUGGAGCGGAGUUCUCCACCAAAGAUCAAGACAAUGACGACUCCUCAGGAAACUGUGCAACAAGUUAUGACGGAGCAUGGUGGUAUAAGAAUUGUCAUCUCUCAAACCUCAAUGGUCUGUAUUUGGUUGGGUCUCAUUCCUCAUAUGCCAAUGGUGUCAAUUGGUAUCAUUUCAAGGGAUACCACUAUUCACUGAAGACAACUGAAAUGAAACUAGGAAGCAGUUGAACAGUCAGUGUCUACUGGAGAACUAACAGUUCAUUAUUGCUAGUAUAGUUGAGUCCAUUUAUAUUUACUUUUUGCUACAAAUAUUCAAUUGAUUUCAA